UUAAGUUAGAAGAAGAGCAUAGAUGGUUUGAGAGAAGAAGAAGAGACACAAUUACAUUAUAAAGAGAAGGAUAAUUAACAGAAUUAAAGCAAUACGCCGGCCUUUCAAGUUGGGGAGAAAAAACCAGGAAAGAAAUGUUAGCCCCGUCACGUGACGGUGGAGGGAAGCGCUUCCUACACGUCAUAGGACGUUAAUGACGUGGCGCAUACUGAUUGGUGACUCUGCGUGGAGGUCCGUUAGUCCCGGUCUCCUUGGGCUUCCUGGAAGAAGCCCUAUAAUUCUGUUUUCUUCUUCUUUGGGGUUUAAGUUUAACAUUACUGAAAAGGAAAGCCUAAAAAUAAAAAUUAGAUUAAUUCGUGAAUAAAGAGAAAAAAGAAGAUGAAGGUGUUGUGGCUGAUCUUACUAUCAUGCGCUCUGUGUCACCGGGUGUUUGCGGAUCAGAGCUUCCCAGGUCACGUAGCAGGUGGCACAUUUGGUCACAGCUUUCGUGAACCAAAGUACAAGAUUGAAUUCCAUUCAGAAGAUUCACCUUUUCACCCUGAUCAUGACCAGGAGUCCUUGAUUAUGCCCGACAAAAAUGGAGAGCAUUUUUUAUGCUUUUUGCCUAAGGUAGAGAAAGCUAAGAGUGGAAAGCCAGUUACUCAGCACAACAUAAGCAGCAUGAUUGUGGAAACUGAAAAGCGAAUUAAAAUGAAGACGCCAGAUGAGCUGCUUGAAGGUCUGAAGGACCUAUGCUUUAUAAGACAAGAUGGUUGGUGGUCAUAUGAAUUUUGCUAUCACAAGAAGUUAGUUCAGGUUCAUGUGGAGGAUGAAAAGGCGGUUCAGGAGUUUGUCUUAGGUGAGUAUGAUGCAGAGGCCACCGCUGCUUUCAACCAGAAUAUCUCUGAAAUUUCUACACUGGAAGAUCCUCGCUCAAAGGAUGCAUCCCAAAGGUAUCAUGCUCAUCAGUAUACCAAUGGAACCUUAUGUGAUCUUACAAAUGAGCCACGACAGACUGAGGUGAGAUUUGUAUGCUUUGAGUCGAGAACUAUGAUUAGUUCUAUUACAGAGCUGUCCACUUGCAAGUAUGCGCUUACUGUUCAAUGCCCAUUGCUUUGCAACCACCCAUUGUUCCAAGAAGAGAGACCAGUGUGGCACACCAUUAACUGUAAUGUGCUUCCGAAAGAUUACAAGGAAGCAAAAGUAGAGGAAGAAUCCAAAGAAAAGAUCAUUAUAGUCACGGACAAUGAAGGUCAAUCGAAUUAUGAUUCAGAAAAGUGACAUAAGACUGUUAUCUAGAGAGUUUGUCAAUAUGAAUGAAACAAGUCAAACGAAUGAUUCUUGUGUGGCCUGCACUUUCAAGUUUUUGUUUAAGUUCAUCACCACCAACGCAAUAGAUAGAUAAUCCUUUUUUUUUU